AUGGAAAUGGCCCUGCAGGAGAAAGAUAGGCAAUUCAGUGUGGGUGGAAAGACUUUAGUGCGAAACAGGGGUGGAGUUGAGUUUCCAAGUAUAUUGCCUGAUGCCUUAUUAUUUGUUCUGUCAGUUUUUUUCAGGAAGAUCUUCAUCUUACAACUGGUAGGGCUGGUGCUAACCUACAAUUUCACUGACUGUGACUUUGAGAAGAUUAGAAAGAAGUAUCAGGAAGUCAUUUAUCAAGCCCUGAAUAAAUACAUGAAUGGGGUCAAGAGCACCGAAUUCAACAACUACAUCUACUGUGAAGACCCGCCAGAUUGCCUCGCUAAAAUCGACCUCAUUACCUUCUAUCCCACCCACGGCUGCACGACACUGGCCAAGGAAAUCUUUGCGGUAAGAACUAACGCUACGCUCACUCUCCAGUGCCCAGGCUACUCAGGAACGCAGAUAAAUAAUACCCAGGCAAAGAAGAAAAGAAAGAAAAGACAAGUUACAACAAAUAAAUGCCUGGAACAAGUCUCACACUUAAUGGAACUGUGGCGUCGAUUCAGUCGCAUUUCAUAGAAACAAAAUACACCUUCCUUCAGGCUGUAUUUCACCCCAACAAAAUAAAUCAUC